AAUUUUUAUGCAUAUCUUUGCAAAAAUCUCUAGAUAUAGAUAAAGUUUUAAUAUAUCCUCUAACGCCAGUGCCAUUAUCAAUGUGUCACAUGGAUGGAUCUAUUUGCAAAACUAAUAAGGCAGCUCUAUUAAAAGUACUCGAGCAGCAGAUUGAGCCGCAUACUCCGGAGCAUACUAACGUGAAGGUGUUCGAUGGAUUUUUUAUGCUUCAUUUGAUGAGGGAAAUUCCAGCUACUUACGGAAACAUAUCUACUAAAAUUUUAAGUACAUUUUUCCUUCAAUCAAAGAUAAUGAACAUUCUUUAAGAGGAAUGCAAGUCACACAAUUCCACAUCGAGGGACCAGAUCAAAUACGUUCUUCUGAUUUCAGUAACGACUUGAAAACGCUAAUUUUAAAGAGGCGUUAGUGAAUUUUAUUAUACAGCACUGGACACUUGAUCACGCAGCACCUUUCAUUGGCAAUAAAACUAUUUAUAUUAAUUAUGAUCAGUGCUAUAAAUAUAAAGUAAAUAAUGGCCAUGUAGAAAGGACACACGAUGUUUUAUUAAGCUGCCCAGCGCAUGAAGAAGCGGAUACGAAGAUAGUUUUCCACGUCUGUCAAAUAGAUUACGACGCACAUGUCACGAUAAGAUGCUCGGAUACUGACGUGGCCAUUAUAAUGCUUUCUAACAUGAGUGCCUUAAGUAACGCUGAUGUUAAAGUUUCAAUGGAAGCCGGAGUCGGUAAUAAUCAGCGCUUUAUUAACAUUAGCAAGUUGUAUGAAACGUUGGGCCCUAAAUUAAGCGCCGCGCUGCCGGCUUUCCAUGCAUUGACGGGUUGCGACUAUAAUCCGUCAUUUUUCAAGAAAGGAAAAAGCCGGCCGUAUAAAAUUUUACAAAACUCAGAACGUUUUAUCGAUAGUUUUAUCAAACUAAGCAACGCACCUGACGACGAGUUGCAGAAUACGUUUGAUAUUAUAGAAGAAUAUGUUUGUCGUAUGUAUGGAUUCAAAAAAAUCAACAAAGUCAAUGAAGCACGAGUUGCAACAUUUUUGAAGACGUACAAGGUUUUACAAAACGAUGACAUAUUCCGGUUACCGAAGAAUAAUAUCGACGGAUCAGCUCUGCCUCCCUGCAAAAUUGAGCUGCACCAACAUUUGCUGCGGACAACAUACAUAGCAAAUAUUUGGGCACAUGCUCAUAUUCAGGUUCCAACGGCAUUACAUCCGACUGAUUUUGGAUGGGAAGAAGAUGAGGGAAAAUUCAAUUUUAAAUGGUUCGAGGGUGACCAGCUACCCGCUACCCUUGGUGAUAUAACUAUCGAUGAUGGCGAUGACCAAAAAAGUACUGAAGAUCCUGACGAAGAUCUUUCACGGGUCGACAUCGCUGUCAGUGAUAAUGACAGCGAUAAUGAGUACGAUGGCGAUGAAUCCGAAGAAAGCGAAAUUUAAAAUAUUAGCUAUUCACGUAUUAGCACACUAUGUAUAUUUAUUUUGAAUUUUAGUAUGCUUUUUGUAAAUAAAUAAUACAUUUUUAAGUAAUUAAUAGUAAACCUACUUUUUAUUAUCCUCCUUUAGAGCA